AUGUUGGUAGACUGGGAGUACAUCGAAUCGACAUUUGCUAAGGCGCUCUCAGUUGAGCCAAGCACACAAAACCGACGACAUCACGUUCUAGUGAAAUUAAAACCGAACACAAAUAAUAUGACGUCAAUCGAGAGAUAUACACUGAUUAUCGUUUACUUUCUCGGUGUGCUAGCUACACUCACACUCAGCAUGGUGAUCAAAAUGGGAAGAGAUAUUAGCACUGACAGCCAAGCCACAGAAUUUACAAGCGCAGAAUGUAGUGAAAGUUACGAAAGCACCGAUCUCUGCAUAAGCAAAAAGCAUAUGAUUAACCCAAAUGAUCUGAUCAACUCAUCAGAAAUUGAGUUUGAUUUCGAUCCAAAGUUUUCUCAAACUAUCGAAGUUGAGCUUUGUAUAAACGAAGGUUCACCAUGUGCAGAACAUUAUCCAAAGAUGAAGACAAUGUGUAGACAGAAAUAUCUGACAAUUCAACUUCAAGUGGUUGCCAAAAAUCAAACAAAAUCUCAACUCGAGACAUUUUCAAUUCCGAGUAAUUGUGAGUGUGUCUUUUACCGCCAGUGGUGAAGCAAUUCUCUCUCUUCCAAUUCUAUGUAUAAGUUAUCAUAAGUUCAUAUUAUUCAUAACGUUUAGUCCACCACCAA